AUGAAGUGGUCUCCUCUCGCUCUUGCUCUCGCCGGGCCUUCCCAGGCCGCCCUUCGGUUCGGAUGUUCAACUGUAAGCAUCCAGCGUCUCGAUCCGGUCGUCCAACCUGGCAUGGUCCCAUCAAGUCAUGUCCACCAGAUCGUUGGAGGAAAUGCCUUUAAUGCCACUAUGACAGGUGACAUCGGCGAACAAGGCACUUGUACAACAUGUACCUUCUCCGAGGACUUUUCCAACUACUGGACCGCGGUAUUGUUCUUUAAGCACCAGAAUGGCACUUACAAGCGUGUGCCGAUUAUGCAGAAUACUGCGUUACCCAACGGCAUUACCGGCGGAAUGACAGUUUAUUAUACGCAGCAGGAUUUUAACUCAAACGGUAACCAGAAGAUUACAGCUUUUAAGCCAGGCUUCCGUAUGACAGUUGGUGCUCCAACAACUGAGACCUUACCGGAGGCAAAGGGGCACAUAGGCCUUCGCUUCGUUUGCCUAGACAAUAAGGGGACGAGAUUCCCCGAACUUCCCGACUUCCCUACAAAAUCAUGCAAGGGUGGCAUUAUGACUGUCCAUCACUUUCCCUCAUGCUGGGAUGGCAAGAACCUUGACAGCCCCGACCAUCAAUCCCAUAUGUAUAGCACGACAAAAGAGGCUUUCCAGGCUGCCGGCCCUUGUCCCGCUUCACAUCCCGUUCGCAUGCCACAGCUGGCCUAUGAAACCCUUUGGGAUACGACUCAGUUUAACAAUAUGUGGCCCUCGGACGGCUCGAAUCCUUUCGUCUUGAGCUACGGUGACAGCAAGGGCUAUGGCACCCACGCCGAUUACAUUUUCGGAUGGAAAGGCGACUCACUCCAACGCGCUAUGGACUCUUCCUGUAUGUUCAAUGCCUGUGAAAAUGGGAGGCCACUUAAGUCGCAGGGUGUGGCCGAGAUGAAUAAGUGCGCUAUCAAGUCCUCAGUUACUGAGAACAUUGAUGCAUGGCUCCCUAAGCUACCUGGUAUGUAG